AUGGCAGGUCUUCGAAACUCACUCAACUUCAACGAACAGCCGUUCAAAGCCACAAUGCAUCACUUUUUUUCAUCGCCCUUCUACAAUUUUGAGCUUACUCGAAUUUUGGGAACGGCGGCCGCUGGCGGUUGUGAUGUUGCCGAAUUCCUAGAGGCCGUCGGCGAAAUCAAGAAACAUGAUCCUGAAAGCUGGUAUCGUGCAUGGUGGAAGCAGGCAAACCGAGCCAGUCAUGCCGCUACCAAUGCCAGCCGCCAAGGACUCACGCCUUUGGCUAAGGCGGCUUAUUUGAGAGCUGCAAACUACUACAGAGCCGCUCCAUACAUGCUUCCAACACAUGAUCGACGCAUUGUAAAGUGUGGGGAGCUCAGUGCCGAGCAUUUCGAAAAGGCUACUGAGUUCAUGGAGGGCAAAGUUCUCAGCAUGAAUUUCCAGUUCGGUAAUAUCAUCAUUCCAGCCCGACUUUUCUUACCGCCGGAGUCAAAGAGAUUGAGGAAUGGUCAAAAAACCCCACUUCUUAUCAACUGUGGCGGCGCCGACUCUACUAUGGAAGAGUUGUAUUUUGUUUACGGUACCCUUGGGCCAGAGCUGGGCUAUGCCGUCCUCAACUUCGACGGCCCAGGCCAAGGCCUCACGCUUAAACGUUCUGGCGAGCCGAUGAGGCCAGACUACGAGAAGGUUUUGUCUUGCGUUCUUGACGGCAUCUGGGUUCUAGCAAAGGAACGGCCUGAUGCUAACCUGGAUCUGGACCGCGUAUGUGUAGCGGGCAUCUCCAUGGGCGGUUAUAUUGCUCUUCGUACGGCAGCUGCUGAGCCCAUGCGUGUCGCAGCAUGCAUCUCCGCAGAUCCUCUCUACGACAUGUGGGAACUUGCCAUGACUAGGCUUCCCAGGUGGUACGUACGAAUGUGGCUCAGCGGUUGGAUUUCCGAUGACUUUUUCGACUGGUCAUGCAACUCCCAUAUGUCAAUGGAUUUUCCCACUAAGUGGGAAUUCACCACAACUAUGCAUGUGAUGGGGAAACGCAGGCCUGCAGAUGUCGUUCGAGAAUUCAAGAGAUAUUCGCUGCGGUGGCGACCUGAAGAUGAGAUCCUGAAGGGCGGAGAUCAAGAUGAAGAUGAAGAGAACAGAGCUUCCACAAUUCUCUCGCAAAUACGAUGCCCCGUAUUGGUCACAGGCGCGUCUAAAGCAAUUUAUCAGACUCCCGAUGCAAGCACGCAACGCAUUAUGGACGAGCUCGCUGGCGUACCGGAGGGGAAGAAACAAGUAUGGAUACCUGAGAAUGUGGGUGAAGGUGCCCUUACAGGCAAAGUUGGAGCUUGGAAUUCUUUAGCUACAGAAACGUUUGCAUUUCUCGAUAAACAGCUAGGGAUAAGUCGGCCAUGCCGAUAG